ACAGUUUGGAUUGAGCAACAUUACCGUGCAAAAGAAGAAAGAAUAAUGCAGAGGAUAAUCGCAAUUGUGGCCAUUUUGGCAAUGGCAACUGGACUUUCUUCCGUGAAGGCGCAGACUUGUCAGGAGUGCCAGACGGAUAACGAUGUUUACUGCCAUAAUCAGACCGCCUAUCAAAAUUGCAUGAAAAAUGCUCCGAUUGGAGAUAUUGUGUUGUGUCCCACGGGCACGGUUUGCUCCAAUUCCGAUGACGUCUGCGUGGAUAGCUCCGAGGUGUCCACAACCAUAUUGGACGUCUGUGGAUCCUCCGGCGGCAACGGUGCCCAGUGUGAAGUUUGUUCCAGCAAAUACGCCUGUGUCAGCAGUACCCAGUACGUUCGUUGCUCCUCCAGCGGAGUUCCUGUAACCUCCAAUGUGUACAGCUGCGGUUCCGAUGAGAUUUGUAUCAUCCAGUCUCUUUCUACUUUUGGAUCACUCUGUGUGCCUUCCUGCGCCUCAGAAUUCGUUGGCUAUAAUGCCUCUUGCAGCAACAGUGUUUACCAGCCCGCAACAACGACAGCUGCUCCGACAACCACUCCCAGUGCUACCCAAAAAGAGCAGUACUGCAUUGCAGCCGAGCCCACCACCAGUUACUCGUACUUCUUUGCCAGGAACACUGACGACUCCACGUGCACUACCUACUUGUAUUGCCAGAAAUCAGGAACCGACUGGAUAGCUCUCUUCAUGACUUGUGGAUCCUCGACUCCCUUCUUUGACUCGGCCACUGGCAAAUGUGUGAAGACCAAGCCUGCCAGCUGCUCGGUAACCACCACCACGACUUCCACGACCUCCCCGACUGAUUCUUCUUCAACUGAUUCUUCUUCAAGUGAGGCUUCUUCAACUGAGUCCUCUUCAACUGAGUCUUCUUCAAGUGAGGCUUCUUCAACUGAGUCCUCUUCAACUGAUGCUUCUUCCACGGAGUCUUCUUCAACUGAUUCUUCUUCCACGGAGUCUUCUUCAACUGAUUCUUCUUCCACGGAGUCUUCUUCAACGGAUUCUUCUUCCACGGAGUCUUCUUCAACUGAUGCUCCCUCAACAGAUUCUUCUUCAACUGAUGCCACGAAUCCCACGGACUCUUCUUAAACUGUUCGGGCUGAUGUAGAUUCUUCUACCAGUAAUUCAUCCGCGGAAAAAUAAAAAAAUAAUUUCUAACAACUGUAAACAUAUUAGAUUUGUAGACAAUCUUUAAUAAGCAUUUAAUAAAUCCAAAAUAAUAAUUACGUUA